AUUUCUUCGCGCCCGAGUUUGCGUCUCGACUUCAUCUCUUUCCCCCAACUCCUCGUCCAAUGUCCAAAACGUCGCGGCCAUUCCGCAUCCUUGCGCUGCCGCUCGUGCGCAUACCCCAUGGCCCUCUGCGCACGACGCCACGCAUCGCCGCCGCUGCCGCUGCCGACGCCGUCUCCCCCUCCACGCCCGGCGAGACCAGCGUUUCCCCCGAGACGGCAGCGAGCAUCGCGAAGAAUGCGCUCGCCCCCGGCGCCGUGGAGCCCAUGAGCAGCGAGGCACCGCUCAUGCUCUACCAUGUGCAGCAGCCGGACGUGCCCGCCGCCGAGGGCAAGCCGCCAAUCUACCAGCGCGCGCUGGACAAGGCGGCUGACGAGUGGAACAAGCUCGGACACAAGCCGCGCAAGUCGUGGAUGUUUUGGUUUCAUGAGCGCGGCGAGAAGCUCAUGGACCGCAUCAACUACGAGGAGUGGGCCCUCAAGGCCGUGCAUGAGGGACGCGGCGUCAAGGUCGCCGACCCGAAAAAGGGCGAGAAGCAGGAGAUGAUCGAGAUUCCGCUGUUGCGGCCGACACUGCCGGGCCUCGGCCUUCCGCCCUUGCUCCCCAAGUUGCAUCGUAGCCUGCUGCAUGCGAUCCCGCACCACCGCACGAGCAUGAUCAGGUGUUUGAUCCUCUCGCCGCUCACGUGGCCGUUCGCCAUCAUUCCAAUCAUUCCCAACUUCCCUCUCUUCUACGUCCUCUGGCGCGCCUGGAGUCACUACAAGGCCUGGCGCGGGGCGACGUACCUCGAGUCUCUGCUCAAGCUGGGCAUGAUCACCGAGAAGCCGAGCGAGGCGCUGAACGAGAUCUACAGUGCCAAGAUCUCGUCCGCGCCGCCCGGGAGCGAGAACGUCGCGCCGGACGUGACGCGCGCCCCUCUGCCGAGCGACAAGGCGCCGCAGACGGGCGGCUCCCCCGGCCCCGCCGAGCAGGCCGCGGGCUCGGCGCCGCUUCCGCCGCAGGCGAAGGGCGAGGUCGGCGCCGCGGACGGCACGACGACACCCGACGCCCUCAUCUAUAACCCGGGAGAGGAGGCCAAGGCCGCCGCGAAGAAGGUCGCGGACGACAAAGCAGCGGCUGGCGAGCCGGCCCCCACCGCCCGGUAUCCCGGCAUGAUGAUCAUCACGGGGCAGAUCCCCGCGCUGGAGCGCGCGUUCGACCUGCGUGAGCAGGAGUGCAUCGACAUCGAGCGGGCGAUCCAGCAGGCUGACCAUCGCGCACGCGAGGCCGAAAAGGUUCUUAAGCUGCAGGAGGAGGGGAAGAAGGAGCGGGCGUAGGCGAUGAUGUUUAAUAGAGAGGGGGGCCUGGCUAGACUCGCGAAUCCACGGUCGCGAAGUAGAACGAAGGCCUGAGGGCCGGUCGGGACGGGGAACGGGAAAACGUCUCAUCAAAACUGUAAUUGCAUAUGCACGCGGCACGCCGCUACCCAUGUCGUGG